GGGCCGCCGGUGCUUGGCGUGCCCCACUGGCGCGCAGAGCCUUGGACCCUGGCUGUUGUUCCCCAAGGGCAGCGGUGCGGUGCCCCUGGCUGCUGGGCCUCCCUGGCUCCCGCCAUGCCCACCUGGCCCUGGUGUCUGCUGCUGAUGGCUGGCACCCUCUUGGCCGUGCUGAGCCAGGGGCCUCCGGCACCUGCUGACCCCUGCCAUGACGAGGGAGGUGCGCCCCGCAGCUGCAUCCCGGGCCUGGUCAACGCGGCUCUGGGCCGGGAGGUGCUGGCAUCCAGCACGUGUGGCCGACCAGCCACUCGGGCCUGCGACGCCUCGGACGCACGGCGGGCACACCCCGCGGCCCUCCUGACCUCUGCGGGGGGCUCUGCGGGCCCUCUGUGCUGGCGAUCGGCCUCGCUGACGCAUGCGCCCUUCAACGUGACCCUCACUGUGGCCCUGGGCAAGGCUUUCGAGCUGGUGUUUGUGAGCUUGCGCUUCUGCUCGCCACCCCCAGCCUCGGUGGUGCUGCUCAAGUCGCAGGACCACGGCCGAAGCUGGGCCCCCCUGGGCUUCUUCUCCUCCCGCUGUGGCCCAGACUAUGGCCGCCUGCCCGCCCCCGUCCGUGGCCCCGCUGGCCCCGGGCCUGAAGCCCUGUGUUUUCCGGAGCCCCAGGCCCAGCCCGAUGGCGGUGGCCUUCUGGCCUUCAGUGUGCGGGAUGGCAGCCCACCAGGCCUGGAUCUGGACAGCAGCCCCGUGCUCCAAGACUGGGUGACUGCCACGGACAUCCGAAUAGUGCUCACCAGGCCGGCCUACCCCGGGGGCACCAGGGACCCCAUGGCCGCCGCGCCUUACUUUUACUCAGCCACUGAGCUGCAGGUGGGUGGGCGCUGCAAGUGCAACGGGCACGCCUCCCGGUGCGCGCCGGACGCCCGCGGCCAGCUGAUCUGUGACUGCCGGCACGGCACCGAGGGCCCGGACUGCGGCCGCUGCAAGCCCUUCUACUGUGACCGGCCCUGGCAGAGGGCGACGGCCCGGGAAGCCCACGCCUGUCUCGCCUGCUCCUGCCACGGCCACGCCCGCCGCUGCCGCUUCAACAUGGAGCUGUACCGACUGUCUGGCCGCAGAAGCGGGGGCGUCUGCCUCAACUGCCGGCACAACACGGCCGGCCGCCACUGCCACUACUGCCGGGAGGGCUUCUACCGCGACCCCGGCCGCGCCCCGAGCGACCGCCGCGCCUGCAGGGCCUGCGACUGUCACCCAGUUGGCGCUGCCGGCAAAACCUGCAACCAGACCACAGGCCAGUGCCCCUGCAAGGACGGCGUCGCGGGCCUCACCUGCAACCGCUGCGCCCCCGGCUUCCAGCAGAGCCGCUCCCCCGUGGCGCCCUGUGUCAAGACCCCUGUCCCUGGACCCACGGAAGAGAGCACUCCCGGGCAGCCCCAGGACUGCGCCUCACACUGCAAACCUGCGCGCGGCAGUCACCGCAUCAGCCUGAGGAAGUUCUGCCGCAAAGGCUACGCGGUGCUGGUGGCCGUGGGCGCGCGCGGCGAGGCGCGCGGGCCGUGGACGCGCUUCCCGGUGGCGGUGCUCGCCGUGUUCCGGAGCGGCGGGGAGCGCGCGCGGCGCGGGAGCCGCGCGCUGUGGGUGCCCGCGCGGGACGCGGCCUGUGGCUGCCCGCGCCUGCGGCCGGGGCGCCGCUACCUGCUGCUGGGGGGCGGCCCGGGGGCCGCGGGCGGGGGUCUGGGGGGCCGGGGGCGCGGGCUCAGGGCCACCCGCGGGAGCUUGGUGCUGCCGUGGAGGGACGCGUGGACGCGGCGCCUGCGAAGGCUGCAGCGGCGGGAGCGGCGGGGGCGCUGCGGGCCGGCCUGA